AUGAGUCGAGGUCGCGGCCGCGGUCGUGUGCGCUUCGGUGGAAGCCGAGACUCAAUGUUGACUGACCUGCUAGACGAAACACGUGAAGAUAUAGGACUCUCGUAUACUCAAAUGGAACAGCUGCACAACGAAGCUAGUGGAUCACUGUAUCCUCCAAUCGAAUUGCCACAGCCCGAGGCGCUUGUUGAUCGUGACGCAUAUUUAAUCCAAAGACAGCGUAUCUUAGCGCAUAAGCUCGCAAAUUUGUACCAUCCAUGGGAAGGAGGUCGGACAGGCUCGAAAAGUGGGCAUGAUGCAAGCGACUUAGCGGCAUUUGUGCAUGUGACAGUACCAGAGACGAGAAAAGAUGACGAAGUGUACGUCCCUGAGGAACUGCGUACGAACUCGUUAAGCGGCGUUCGCACAAUGACAGCGGCUGUCUCAAAUCGCGGAAUUAUGCAACCUCGUGCAUUCGACACAGUUUUCAAGUCGUUAGAAGCUCAAGAAAAGAAAAUUGCAGCAGACAAGGCCAAGAAAGCUGAGCAGGAUGCAGACGAUGGCAAUAUAGACGAGGUUGAAGAGGAUUUAGGUGAUGAUAUGAACGACUACACCUUUGAUUAUUACGACAGUGAUGCAGUAAGCGACGAAGGUGACGAAGAAGUUUUUUUCUAG